UCUUUUUCAUCGAAAACCAAAACCAAAACAAAACCACCGGUUUUUUUUUUUUGAAGUCUUUUUAAAUUUUGAGUUGAGUUUCAAUCUUUGAUUGUUUAGUUUAUCAAAAUGUCAGAGGAAGUAGUUUUGUUGGAUUUCUGGCCAAGUCCAUUUGGAAUGAGAAUGAGGAUUGCUUUGGCUGAGAAAGGGGUAAAAUACGAGUCAAAGGAAGAAGAUUUGAGGAACAAGAGUGAUUUGCUUUUGCAGAUGAAUCCUAUUCACAAAAAAAUCCCUGUUCUUAUCCAUAAUGGUAAACCUGUUUGUGAGUCACUCAUCCAGGUUCAGUAUAUUGAUGAGGUUUGGCAUCAUAAAUCUCCUUUGCUUCCUUCUGAUCCUUACCAAAGAGCUAUUGCCAGAUUCUGGGCUGAUUUUGUUGACAAGAAGAUGCCUGACCUUGGGAGAAAAAUAUGGGCAACUAAGGGAGAAGAACAGGCAAAUGCAAAGAAAGAAUUUAUUGAGAGCCUGAAGCUGUUGGAAGGAGAGCUUGGAGACAAGCCUUACUUUGGUGGAGAAAAUCUUGGUUAUGUAGAUGUUGUCUUGGUCCCAUUUUACAGCUGGUUUUAUGCCUAUGAGAAGUGUGGUGACUUCAGCAUUGAAGCAGAGUGCCCCAAACUGCUUGCAUGGGCUAAAGGGUGUCUGGAAAAGGAGAGUGUAUCCAAGUCUCUUCCUGACCAAGAAAAAGUCUAUGGCUUUGUUUUGCAAAUGAAGAAAGUCUUUGGAAUUGAGUGAAAUUGUGGAGGGGUUUCAUGGUUGAUUUGAAUAAAUGGGCAUUUAGUAGUGCCUCGUUGUUUUGUGUUGUUGGGGUGAAUUUUUUUUUUUUUCCUGUUCUGAAAGAUAGUCAAAGCACUUAGAUUUGCAUGUGAUUCUGACUUGAAAUUUGAAGUUAUUAAAAAGAAAUACAUUUCCUAAA